UUUAGUUUCUACUUAAAUAUUCAAGCAUAAUACACUAAAACAAAAAAGUUUGAUGACAGCACUUUAUAAUUUUAAGUAUAUUCUACUAAUUUGUUGGCAUAGUCCAAUGUGCAAAUAAUUUGAAGUACAAUGAGCUUAAAUUGAAAAGUUAUUGAACAGACCACACCUCUUCUUUCCAGUUGUGACAACUGUCUAUUAGUAAUGAGCAGUUGCUCAAGGUAUCAGUGUGUGUGUUUUUCCCUUAUUUGAAGAGCAGCUUGCUCUUACACACAAAUACAUACAGACAUAUAAUACAAAACAAAAACAGUUCAAAACUGAUUUCAGCCACGUACUGAGUCGAAGUUUUCUGUCUUUGUUGCGGUUGUGUGGAUUCAGGCACUGCUGGCGAGGAACUGGAAUGCUUUCACCUGGCCGGCUGCAAGCGGCGUUUUUUUCCAAGAAGAUAGCGGGAACACGUGCGGCUGUUUCACGUGGCUUACCACGGCCUAUUGUAUCUGGUGAACAAAUUCCCAAAUUUCAAGUUGAUGUAGAGUAUAGACUACGCCAAGGUAACCUGCAGUAUCUCAGGGAUGCAUCCUUUCUUAAAGUCACAAAAGAACUAAAGCAUGACAUACUCGAGAAAUUGGCUGAGACCAUGUAUGCAUUUAAAGCAUACCCAACGAAAGAAGAUUUUGAGACUGUUGCUAAGGCUUUAGUGCAAACACACCCAUGCCUUAAAGAAACCGGGUCACCCUCUGGCUGGAACGGUUGGAAGAAUAGCCUUAAGUUCAAAAUGGGUAAUUAUAGAACCAAAAUGCGGCAGCUGGGUCGACUUGAUGUAACUGUCAAUGGUGGCAAGCGAGGAAGUGACACUACAAAUGGCGAGCCUCCCAAGACACAGAUCAAGAAGCCAAAGAAAGGGGAAAUAAAUUUCCUGCCUGAUUUUCCAGAGGGGAUGAAUGACCAGAACAUGGAAGUAGCUCGUGAGGUUCUGGUCAAUGAAAUGAUGAAAACAAAGCCAAAGGAAUCCCUGGUUAAGAAAGAGAUGGAUGUGACGUUUGCUUUUCGCAGAAAGGAAAUUGUCAAAGAGAAGCCUGCCAUCAGCCAGCUUGUGCAUCGUUGGCCAGCUCUUUUUACAGAAAAUCAGGUUUCUUAUGAAUUUGGCAGAGUGGUAGGGAAAAAUCUCAGAGAAAACUUCUUGGAUGCACUUGACCAUUUGUCUCCAAGCCUCAUGGACCUCUGCAAAAAGAAGAAAGGCCUUACUGUUUAUUUUUUCCUAAUCUCUUCUUUUCAUUACUUGUAA